ACUCAAUCUGCAAACUCCCUUACUCAGUGGGACCGUGCAAGUCAUCUAUUACCAUGUAUUAUUUCAAUGCCAAAGCUAACCAAUGUAAACAGUUCAUCUUUGGAGGCUGUUGGGGAAAUGAGAACAGAUUUUCCACCUUGGACGAAUGCAAGAAAGCCUGUGAUGAUUCUGAAACUUCCAGCUCAAUCUGCCAACUCUCUUACUCGGUGGGACUAUGCAAGGCCCGCAUUCCCCAGUAUCACUUUGACAGCAACACUCAGCAAUGUAAACGGUUCUACUACGGAGGCUGUCAGGGAAACGAAAACAGAUUUUCCAUCAAGGCUGAAUGCAGGAAUACCUGUGCUGCUGUUCCGCUGACUGAUGACCUAAAAAUAUGA